AUGCUCGGCCGUGGUCCCGCCGGCACCGGACCCUCGGGGCAAGGAGCAGCCGGCGAGAAAACCCGCAGCCGCGAAAACAAGUUCGCUCCACCCGGCCGGAGGAGCGGGGAGCCGAGCCGGGGGGCGGCCGCGACGUCAGCACCCGUCGCUCCCGCCCCUGCCACCCCCACUCCCGCCCGGGCCGCGGGGACCCCGGCCCCACAAAGGGGCACGAACCCCAAGUCCCAAAGGAGAAAAGGAAAGAACCGGUCGCCGCCGCCCUCCACGACCCAGGCCGCCGGCCCCGCCCCCACCCGCCGGGGCGACACCCCCGCCCCCGCCCCCGCGGAGACCGAGGCGCUGCCGCUGGCGUCGCCCCUCCCCCACCGCCGAGCGGGCGCGAGCCCCCGCACCUCCCCCGUUCCGGCGGCCUCAAGUCCCGGAGACACCGCCUCCGCAAACCGGGCAGCCGCCGCGGAUCUCUAUGGGGGUUGGAGUCCUCGAGGCGGCCUUUGUGCGGCUCAGCGGCGAAGCCCGGGACUACGACUCCCACAAUGCCCCGCGCCCGCCCCCGCGCCACGCCCCCUCGCCAUCAGCUUCCAGUCGCCCCCAGACUACAUUUCCCGACAGCCCUCACGGCUCUCCCGCCCUCCCUCCCGAGACACGAGCCGAACUGGGCGUCAGGUUGGGGAGCCGGUCGGGUUCCCGCUCGCCGUCGCCGCCGCCCCCCGCAGCGACUCUCCCGCCGCGGGAGCUGCAUCGCCAACUCUGCUCGGCCGUGGAGCCGCUGGCCCGGGAGCACAGAGCCCGGGACGCGACACGCCGAGCCCCCAUCACCUCCAGCCGGGGCGACCCCUCUCGGGUUCGCCCUCCCUCUGCGCGGCCGCCGGAGCCCCCAGCCCCGAGUGGCCUCGCGGCCCGGCGCCCGCAUCCCGGCCCCGCAGCCGCCGCCCCUCACCCUGA